AUGACCCUCGUUAUCGUGAUCCAGCUGCGCGCAAAGAGCUUGCAGGCAGCAGAUCGCGUCCAGCAUCUCCUCGCCGGUAUCCGCGACACGGCGCUCCUCACCGAACCUGGCACGACAAUGUAUCUCACCACGCGGGCACAGGCGGACCCGCUCGAGUUUCUCCUGUUCGAGGAGUACGUCGACGAGCUGGCACUGAAGCUGCACAUGUCCUCGCUCCAGUUUCAGGCGCUCAAGGAGGAGGCGGACGGCUUGUUCGUCGACGGCAUCAAGGGGCUGCGGAUUGCCUACUAUGACCGGUUCUAG